AUGUCCUCAAUCACAUCGCAUACGCCAAAUUUAACUAUAGAAACAUAUCAAGCUCAUAACGGUAUCAGUGCAAUCGUUUCGGAGACGCUUGGUGUUGGAGAUAAGGUUGGCAUUACGAUUUGGGAAACCGCUGCGGAAGGCCUUUAUACUGGAAGCUCUAAAGGAUCCGCGGAUUUAGGGGUUCGUGUCAUUAAUAAUCAAGGGACGAUUAAUAUUCCGUAUGUUGGUAACAUCAAAGCAUCAGGGCUUUCACCUGAGCAGCUGCGACUGAAUUUAACGUCAUUGCUGCGUUCUAAAUCAAUAGAUCCUCAGGUUUCAAUAAGAGUCGAGGAGCGGUUAAGCAAAAAAAUCAUCAUUCAAGGCUUGGUUACAAAAGCAGGUUUUAUUGAGUUAUCAAGUAAUCAAAAUAGCUUGUCUAAUAUUAUCGCCCUCGCUGGUCCAACAGCUCAAAACCCUGAUUUAACUGAAGUUAUAGUUGAGCGCAAUGGAGAGAAAAUCCGUAGAAUUUUGAACGAUAUUUAUACGACUCCAAAUGCAAAUAUAAAUUUGCUGCCAAAUGACAGUGUGGUGCUUCGUGCAUUAAGCCCAAGAUUUACAGUGCUCGGUGCCACUGGAAAGCAAAACUUGGUUAGUUUCCCCAAACUGAAUUUAUCGUUAUUGGAGGCGGUUGCAUUGUCAGGUGGUUUACAAGAUGAACUGGCAAACCCUGAAGGUGUUUAUUUGCUUCGUGCUGAAAGUCAAGACAUUGUGCAACAGCUAUCUGCAUCAGAAAUGGUUGGUAAAGUUGGAGCCAACUCAUCUGUGUUACCCGUCAUAUAUGAACUUAAUAUGAGAGAUCCCAAAAGUUUAUUUGCGGCUAAAAACUUUGCCAUUCGAGAUGGAGACACUCUUAUUGCAACGAAUGCUUCUUUUGCCCAAGUUCGAAAAGUGUUAUCAGCAGUUUCGGAUGUCACCAGUUUGACACGAGCCGCAACAGCAUUUUAA